GCCAGCGAUGUCUGUAGCACAACUGACUGCGAAAUACAAUGCUCAGAGUGGAAGUGUGUUUGAGGAGCAUGACAUGGGGGCUUCAAGCUCAAAAGCAGGAUGUUACAAUGUGACCUGUGAGUUGUCUAGCCAGGGAAAUUGUAACUCCGGUCUGUCCUCUGAUCAAUCCACGAAGGAACUUGACAAAUUGUAUCGAACAGAUGGCGACGCAAACUGGAAGCCUGAGAGUUUUCCCUCGUGCUCUGGUGGAGUAAUGAAUAGAAAGGCGAAGGACUCAGCACAUGAAUGGCCUUCAGUGCAGCUCUCAGUGUGUAACCAGAUCAUCGAAGACAGUCGUCCACACGAUGCUUCAAACCUAAAGCACUAUACCGACGGUGAAAAUAAAAGGUACCAUGCUUUUUGUCCGGGACCAUGCUCACAGCAAACUUCAGUCGGUCAUGUUGAACAUAAUGCAGCCUUCAGCUGUGCAUCAAAAGCCCUACUACAGUUUCAGGAGGACUGCAUUGCUGAGAGAGGACAUGGCAGUAAUGAGAGUUGCCCAGGCUUGCAUGCCACCCAGUUUGGAUUUGGUAGGGUUCAGCGAAAACUCAAAUUGAAGACCACGAUUGAUGGGUCUGUGGGUGGUUAUCCAAUGAGCCGACUUUCCCUGAAGCCAUCCAUCAUCUAUCCUGAAGAUGCAGGCUGUGGUGGUGAAGGAAGGAUGGGGGAUGAGUUUGAACGAAACAAAAAGGAGCGCUCCACUUUGCUCUUUAGACGGUACAAUAAGAAUAACCGAGAGGUGAAGAAAUCGGUGUACACGGGGUCAAGGGCACGCACGAGAACGUUACCAUUGGGGCAUAUAGGUGCAAAGGCCAGGAGGGUCAUCAACCAAAAGAGGAACAUAAACAUUGACAUCAAACUUGCCAGAUUUCCUGACGAGAAGCUGCUGAUAUGUCAAGCUAUGUUGCUGAAAGGUGGCAGACAUCAUGCCUGGUCUAAUUCCAGCCAGAAUAAGGUUCAUAAUGCACUGAGAGAGGCAGGGGCAGCAGAGUCACUCAAUUACCUCCUGCAUCCAUCAAGAAAGAUCUUGGCUUCAGCAGUUGUCUACAGAAGCUGUGGAGGUGUGAGCUGCAUGAAACUGUGUGUCCAUGACACUGUGCCUGAGCUCCGUGCUACCCUACACAGGACAGCAGUUUCUGACCACGUGGCUGGGGCUCUGCUAGAAGCAACUAUUGCCACCGGGGCAAGGAGUGCACUUCCAAGUCCAUUAGGGGCACCUAGUGGAAGAGCGAUGCUUAAAGAGCGCCAACUCUGUAUAACAAUGGCUGGCACGAGCACCCUGCCAUCCAAUGUGGCUGGCAUCAGCAAGGAACUGGCAGACCUUCGUCACCUGAUUCAAUUCCCUGAAGAGAUUGCCAGUAUUCUGACCGAGCAAGAGCAGGAACUCUAUCGCAAGGUCUUACCACUUGACUACCUCUGCUUUCUGACCAGGGAUUUAGCGAAUCCAAGUUGUUCUAAUAGGUCAUCCCCACUCAAGACCUCCACGUCAGCACCCACUUUCAGCGAUGCAAAUGGGGAUCACAAUGCAAUUGAAGAUCUUGUGUCAAGAUUUAAUGAGGUGAGCUCCUGGGUGACGUGGUUGAUCCUGACUGCCGGCUCCAUGGAAGAGAAGAGAGAAGUGUUCUCCUACUUGGUUCAUGUAGCCAAGUGUUGCUGGAACAUGGGUAAUUACAAUGCAGUGAUGGAAUUCCUGGCAGGCCUCAGGUCUAGAAAGGUUCUGAAGAUGUGGCAAUUUAUGGACCAAUCAGAUAUUGAAACUAUGAGAAGCCUGAAAGAUGCUAUGGCACAGCAUGAAUUGUCGUCUGAAUACCGAAAAGUAGUCAACCGUGCUCUGAACAUCCCGGGCUGUAAAGUGGUCCCCUUCUGUGGAGUGUUUCUGAAGGAGCUUUGUGAUGUUCUGGAUGGUGCAGCCACCUUAAUGAAGUUCCAGUCGCGCUGUGAUUCUCAGGAAGAUGCCAUCGAGUUUGUUGCAGACUACAAUGGUCAGGACCAUUUCUUUCAACGGAUUGGGAAGGAUGGCCUAAACAACAGUGAGAAAGAAUCCACGGUAAACAAUAUCCUCCAGACCAUUCGAAGCUGUAACAGAAGCCUGGAGUGUGAGGAAGGCGAAGAAGGCGCCAGUGAAAGUUGCACUUCACGAAAGAACUCAUUCAAAGACAGGAGUAAAUAUCAGUUCAUUGUCGGAGAUCUGUCUGACUCAGAAAGUGAUUCCUUUGAGCAGUCCAGUGAGUGGGAUCUGAGUGGGUCAGAGGAUCAGCAAAAAGCAUUCUGUCAUGAGACGGAACUCAUUCCUUGGUAUGUGCUGUCCAUCAGAGCUGACAUCCAUCAGUUCCUACUGCAAGGGGCCACAGUCAUACAUUAUGACCAGGAGGCUCACCUCUCGGCACGCUGUUUUCUCAAACUGCAGCCUGACAACUGUACUCUAACCUGGUCAAAACCACCUACAGCCAGCCCAGCCAGUGCAAAGGUCAAGAGCCUGGUGUUGGGUAACAGUGUGGACCUCUGUAACAGCAAAUUUCAGCCGUAUGGGCACAUAGCUCUAAAUGGACUGGUGGAAGGUUUCUUGGACAUGUCUGCAGUGAAAGCUGUCUAUAUGGGACAUACAGGAAUUGAUCUGAAUACUGUAUGCAUUCAGAAUAAACUUUGCCAUAUGACACUAGAGGACAAUUGUGUGACGCUGCUCUAUGGGGUCCAUACAACCGAUAACCGUUUGUUACACUUUGUGGCUCCUAAGUAUACAGCUAAGAUGGUGCACGAUGGAUUACAGGAGUUAAUGUCAGCUGUGCGUAAAAUGAGGAAGUUCCCUGAUCAGAGACUGCAGUGGUUGAGGAAGCAGUACGUCAGCUUAUAUCAGGAAGAAGGCAAGUUUGAAGGACCAACCCUGGCUCAGGUUAUUGAGCUCUUUGGAGGCAGGCGAUGGAUCACGAGAAACACGACCACAGCAACUUUGAACAGAAACACUGAAAAAUCCAACCUGCAGCGUAACAACACAUUGGGAAUGAGCACGGCCAAAAAGAUAAAGAAAUCGCUGAUCAGGGGUGAAAGCGGGGACAUCACUGAUGAAGAGACCAGUGCACGUAAGAGCCGAAGCUGCAAAGAAUCCCGAGCCAGGAGUGGUUCUGACCCUGCAGACUUUGAUGAACAAGAAGAAUCAGAGUUGAGCAUCACCAUGGGUUCUCCCAGCUCUUGCACGCUCCCUACAAGAGCUCGUUCUCUCACCACUCCAUGUUCCACCACGCUGGGCCCUCCAACAUCAACUCCAGUCAGACCUGCCUCCUCUCCAGUCCUGUCAACUGUCAGCAAGGCCAAACCUGGCACCAGAGGGAGUAAUAGUUGGCAUGGCCGUGUAAAAGGAGGACUGAAAGGAUUUCAGGAUUUCAUGGUAUCUGACAGCAACAUGAGCUUCAUUGAGUUUGUUGAACUUUUCAAGUCAUUCAGUGUGCGAAGUCGGAAGGACUUGAAGGAUCUCUUUGACAUUUACUCUGUAUCAUGUAACCGUUCUGGCUUGGAAUCCACUCCAGUAUACACAAACCUAACGAUAGAUGACAAGAUCAUUGGGCUGCAGCCUGACCUAGACCUUUUGACAAGAAACGUAUCUGAUCUUGGUCUGUUUAUAAAAAGCCGACAGCAAAUAUCAGACAAUCAGAGACAGAUUUCUGAUUACAUUGCGGCAACCAGCAUUGUCACUAAUCGAGUGGAAAUUGCAUCCUUGGGAGAGAGCGGAAUGGGGAUCCUACAACUGAAUGACUUCUUGGUGAACUGUCAAGGGGAGAACUACACAUAUGAUGAAAUCCUCAGCAUUAUCCAGAAAUUUGAGCCAUCAAUUAACAUGCGCCAACAAGGAUUGAUGUCAUUUGAGGGCUUUGCAAGGUUUCUAAUGGACAAAGAAAACGCUGCUUCAAAGAACGAUGAAUCCCAAGUUAAUGUCGAGGAUUUACAGUACCCACUUUCAUAUUAUUACAUUGAAUCCUCUCAUAACACUUACCUCACAGGGCAUCAACUUAAAGGAGAAUCCUCAGUGGAACUUUAUAGCCAGGUGCUGUUGCAGGGAUGCCGGAGUGUGGAGCUGGACUGUUGGGAUGGAGAUGAUGGUAUGCCAAUCAUCUAUCAUGGUCACACACUCACUACAAAGAUCCCAUUUAAGGAUGUCAUUGAAUCAAUAAAUCGCAGUGCAUUUGUAAACUCUGAGAUGCCGGUAAUUUUAUCAAUAGAGAAUCACUGUUCAUUGCCUCAGCAGCGGAAGAUGGCCGAAAUUGUUAAGAAUGUCUUUGGAGACAAACUGGUGACAAAAUUUCUGUUUGAGAGCGACUUUGCAGAUAAUCCAAUGCUUCCAUCUGUGUGGCAACUCCGAGGCAAAAUCCUUCUCAAGAACAAGAAACUGAAGGCCCAUCAGACUCCAGUAGAUAUACUUAAGCAAAAGGCUCACCAGCUGGCCAACCUACAGGCACAGGCCAGCAACGGCAACCCAACUGGUCUAGGUAGCCCAAACAAUGACGAGGAAGAUGAUGAAGACGAUGACUACGACUAUGACUAUGAGUCUCUCUCUGACGACAACAUUCUCGAUGACAGGCCUGAGAGCAAGCCGUCGAGUGAUAAAUAUCACUUUGAAUAUUCAGAAGAAACUCCACGGAGAAUCAAAAAAAUAUCGACUGAUCCAAUGUUACACAGCAAGGAAAAGACAAAGCAAAAAAGAUUCAUUGUUUAUGACAUGGAGUUGGGUGAAGAGUUCUACCUGCCCCAAAACAAAAAGGAGAGCAGACAGAUAGCACCCGAACUCUCAGAUUUGAUCAUCUACUGCCAGGCCAUCAAGUUCACAGGCCUUUCGACAUUAAAUGCAGCAGGAUCAAGCAGAGGCAAAGUGAAACCCAACAGGAAGUCAAAUAGAAUGAGCCCUGGGGAGUCAAUGACAUCAAUUAAGGCAUCUGGAAGAGCCACCUCUUUUGAAGGUCUGAGAAAGAACUGUGAAGAGCCAUCUUCUCCUCCGUUUAAUCCAACCACCUCCCUCAGUGCUAUCAUCAGGACACCCAAGUGUUAUCACAUCUCAUCGGUGAAUGAGAACACUGCCAAGCGGCUUUGCCGACGUUAUUCCCAGGAAUUAAUCCAACAUACGGUCUGCCAGCUGCUCAGAACAUACCCUGCUGCUACUAGGAUUGACUCCUCCAAUCCGUCGCCUCUCAUGUUCUGGCUCCACGGGAUACAGUUGGUUGCUCUCAAUUAUCAGACAGAUGAUCUCCCAAUACAUCUGAAUGCAGCCAUGUUUGAAGCCAAUGGCGGAUGUGGUUAUGUCUUAAAGUCGCCAGUCUUAUGGGACAAAAGCUGUCGAAUGCACAAUCAGUUCUCUCCACUGGAACGAAUAGAGAACAUGAGUCCAUCCUUAUAUUCUCUAACUAUCAUUUCUGGACAGUAUGUUUGUCCCAGCAACACGUCAGGGAGUCCAUGCAUUGAAAUUGACGUACUCGGUAUGCCACAGGACAGUUGUCACUUUCGCACCAAGCCCAUUCAUCGCAACACCCUGAACCCCAUGUGGAAUGAGCAGUUCUUCUUCCACAUUUACUUUGAAGACCUUGUUUUCCUACGUUUUGUGGUGGUGGAGAAUAACAGCUCCACUGUAACAGCUCAAAGAGUGGUGCAAUUAAAAGCCCUUAAAAGAGGAUACAGACAUCUACAACUAAGAAAUUCUCAUAAUGAAUCUUUGGAGAUAUCUAGUCUCUUCAUUUAUAGCCGAAGGAUGGAAGAAAACAACACUGGGAACCUUAUACCUUCAUCAGUGCUGUUUAACAGUGAGGAUCACAGAUCUGAAGCCAGUUACCAAGUGACAGUUCAUGGAGUGCCGGGUCCUGAACCAUUCACUGUUUUUGCUGUCAAUGAGAAGAUCACAGCCAGGCAGUUACUGUACAAAAUUGUAGGCGUUUUGGGUGUCUCAGAGACAGACGUGGCUGACUACUUCCUUGUGGAAGAGAAAACAGCUCUUUCCAAAGAUAAGAAUGAGUGUAAGAAACAGCCACUCCAGAGGGUCAUUAGUCCAGAGGAAGAGAUACUGAAAAUUCCACAGUGUUGGUUCCCAGAGGAAGGACUUGUCGGAAAAAUAGUCUUCAAAAGCAAGGAGGAGGAGCUGAAUCAAAGGAACUCCAUGAAUGAAGAGCGUGAUGAUUUGAGCUGCAAUAGCCCUUCAACAGAAGCUGACAGUUUCUUGGUUCAGGUGCAUGAUGUCUCCCCAGAACAGCCACGGACUGUCAUCAGAGCAUCAAAGUUCAGCACAGCCCAGGACAUUAUACUACAGGCAUUAAGUAAAGCCAAGUAUUCCUACAGCAUCCUGAGCAACCCAAAUCCCAGUGAUUAUGUCCUUGUCGAGGAGGUAACCAAAGAGCCAUUAAACAAGAAAUCGUCAAUGGCAAAGCCUGCUCUUCGAAUCCUUUCUGAGAAUGAGAGUGUGUUUGUAGCUCAGAGCAGGUGGAAAGGAGCAGGAAAAUUCAUCCUCAAGCUCAAAGAGCAAGUUCAGGCUGCGCAGGAGAAGAAGAAAGGCCUUUCUUUUGCUAAUGAACUGAAGAGAUUCACAAAAUCGAGCAAACAGAGCCGGAGCUUUUCAAUCCCACUUCAGGCAAGCCCUCCAGAAAACACCCAGAGUAAAGAAGAGAAAGCUACAUGUAAUGUGUCAUUUGCUGAGAUCACCGAAUAAAGAGAUCACAUUGCAGAAUGUGACUGCCCAGGUUGUUGUAAAAUUGACCUCCUUAGUUCUUCACUAGUACUGUGUCGAAAUGAAGCAGAGGAACUUUUAGCUAAUGCUGGAGAAAACCAGAAAGGAUGUAACAUCACCCCUUUCUUUGUCUCCUGAUAUUUUCACUCUUCUGAAAAACUGGAAAUUGCACAAACCACAAAGUCUAGUCAUUGGAAUGAAAUGCAUCAUUUAAUACAGGUGAGAGAAGAUAUUGAGUCAACAACAAGUUCCAAUCAAGCUUGUUUCGAUAUAUACAUAGUUUUAACAAGGAAGAAGACACAUCUGCAAGCAACCACCACUGUUCAAACAGAAAAGGAAUUGUCUUCAAAAGUACUGGGUAUAGAGAUAUGCAGGUAUAAACUUAAGAACUUUACAAGUUAUAAAUUGCAAAACAUUGUGCACUUUCCCAAUCACUUAUUUCCUUAAUUAUUUGAAGGAUUUGUAUGUUUAAAUGUACCUAUUUACUUUAUGAUAUAGAAUCUUGCUAGAUGCCAA